GACCGAGACCGAGACCGAGACCGAGACCGAGACAGAGACAGAGACCGAGAUCGCAAUCCAACUCGCUCGGCGGAAGCAGACAAGACAAGCAGUAGUAGCAGUGGCUCUGGAGCUGGGACUCGUGCUGGACGAGGCAGCGACGAUGGCGGCGGCAUGUGGCUGGAACGCCCAUCUGUGCGCGCUUGGAUUGACGGUCGGUUCUUCACGCCGAAUGCUGCUGCUACUGCGGCCAACCUGCAACUGGGCAAUCAAGGCAUGAUGCAGACACAGGGCGCACACAGGGACAAUCCGUAUCUGCUCGUUGGCAGCCCCGAGCACAGCGAGUUUUGGACGUUUGCUGCACAAUUCGCUGCGCACCAGCGCCAGCAGCAGCAGCAGGCCAACCAGAACAAACCUGACCCUUCUUCAUCUCGAGAUCAGGCCCAGAAAACCAGUUCAGCCAUGUCCGACCGCGAACGCGAGUUUCUGGCGCGGCAUAGCCUUGCCGCAGACACGUACGACCCAAAGCACCGCACGACCGUGCUCAUCCUGCUCGAUCGCGACUCGGGGGCGCUCUUGCGCGAGAAGGCACGCAGCAACCCGUUGGACCGUGCUCGAACUCGCGACCGUCUUGCAGGAGCCAUGGGUACGCGGUACUUUGCCCGACCCGCCGCCUCGAGCAGCACGGCCCAAGAUGACGACAAUGGCGAUGCGCCGGAACUCACGGUCAAAGAUGCGGAAAGCAGUAGUGGUGCCACGACCUUGGCAGCCGAGUCUGCUGAUUGCCCAAUCACUCGAGAGCAACUUGGCGAAUUCCGGUUGCUUUUGUCGCACUUUGAGACCUAUCUCCAGCGCCAACGGUACGCCAAGACGGUCAAACUGGCCAUUGCUCGUGCAGCCUUGCCAAUGUCCCACUACCGAAACGCCAUUCUCGAUGUGCUGGCCAACAACCAGGUGAUGGUGGUGGCUGGCGACACGGCGUGUGGCAAAUCAACGCAGCUGCCCCAGUUCCUCAUGGACGCUGGAUAUGCUCGCAUCGCCUGCACGCAGCCCCGGCGUCUGGCCUGUGUUGCUCUUAGUCAACGGGUGAGCUACGAAACGCUCAACGCGUACGGCUCCGGGGUCGCGUACCAAAUCCGCUUCGAGGCCACCAAGACGCGGUUUACGCGCAUCCUCUUUCUCACCGAAGGCCUUCUCCUGCGGCAAAUUGCCAACGAUCCAUUGUUGGAACGGUACAAUGUGAUUGUGGUGGAUGAGGUGCAUGAACGGCAUUUGAGCUCGGACUUUCUGCUCGGCAUUCUGCGCUACAUUUUGCCCCAACGCCCGGAUCUCAAGCUGGUUCUCAUGUCGGCCACCAUCAACAUCCAUCUGUUUUCGGCGUAUUUCGGCAACUGUCCGAUUGUGCGUGUACCGGGCAGACUCUAUCCGAUCAGCGUGGAGCAUCAAGACAUUCAGCGCGUCUCGGCAGUCGAGGCGCAACUGGGUGUCUCUGGAGCCGCACCCAACAAUGUCCAAGGAAAGAAAAAACCCGACAAGUUAGAUCCACGCGUGUACUUGCACAUCUUGGAACGAAUCGACAAUCAGGUGCCCCGCAACGAGCGCGGAGAUGUGCUGGUUUUCCUCAGUGGCAUGGGAGACAUUCUCACGCUCGCGGAAGAGGCCAAGGCCUACGCGGCCAGAACCAAGACCUGGAUUGUGCUCUUGUUGCACUCUGCGCUGUCCGUCGAGGAGCAAGACCGCGUGUUUGAUAUGGCACCGGAAGGCAUGCGCAAGUGCAUUCUGUCGACCAACAUUGCCGAAACGUCUGUGACGCUGGACGGCGUGCGCUUUGUUAUCGACUCGGGCAAGGUCAAAGAGAUGGCGUACGAUCCUGAAACACGCAUGCAGCGACUGCAAGAGUUCACCAUCAGCCGAGCGAGUGCUGAGCAGCGCAAAGGACGCGCCGGCCGUACCGGCCCGGGCGUGUGCUACCGGUUGUACUCGAAAGCGCAGUUUGACCGUUUUCCGGAAUUUUCCACACCAGAGCUCCAGCGCAUGCCCCUGGAGGCAGUCCUGCUGCAGGUUUUGGCGAUGGGUGGCCACCCUCGCCAAUUUCAGUUUAUUGAAAACCCACCGCUGUCAAAGAUCGAAGAUGCUCUGGCCUCGCUGGUCGAGCAUGGCGCGGCAGAGCGGCCCGCCGGAUUGCUCGGAGCUCAGUCUGGACUCGAUGCUUCCGCUGGCGUUGCCGCUUCUAGUGAGCGCAUUUUGCCUUUGGGGCGCAUUCUUGCCCGUCUUCCAGUCGAUUUGGUGGUCGGCAAGAUGCUUGUUCUCGCGUCUGUCUUUGGCGUUGCAGACCCAGCCACAACCCUUGCCGCUUCGCUGACAGUUCCAACGCCAUUCCAAAACACUGUACUCCAUCAGUACCAACGACAACAGCGCCAACAUUUGCGAUCUGGCGGUGGGACGGCGACUGGCGCCUCUGCGUCGUCAAGCACGUCUGAGAUGAGCCAGUUUUUCUCGUCGCAUGGCGACACAUUCACGCUGAUGAAUGCCUACCACGAAUGGCUCGCCAUCAAGCUCAGUCGCGCUCGCGCUUCCAAUGCGGACUCUGCUGCUCGUCCAGGCUCCCAGUCACACCACAACUCGAGGGAAUGGAGUCGGCGGAACGGCUUGGAAGAACAGCGACUUUUCGAAAUUACCAAACUCCGUCGUCAGUUUUUGCAAAUCCUCGAGCAAGAGCGUCUCAUUUCCACCGAGCAGAGUGAUAGCGACGAUGAUGAAGAAGGCGAUCCUGCGACGGAAGAUGUUUGGAACUCGGAUUUUGUUUCGUUCAGUUCCUCCACCAAACGUUCCCGCAAAGGCAGCAGCAGCAGCAACAACAACAACAACAACAAAAGCAACAACAACUCUGCUCAAUCCUCUUCCUCUCGGAAGCGGCGAGAGAAUGAUGACAGCGAUGAUGAGCAGCAGCAGGCGCGCAAGUCCAUCCAACGACAGCUCAACCUCGCCCGAAAGCAGCUCGCCGUGCGCAAAGUGAAGGUGCUACGACCUGACGAGGAAGGCGGCGUGGCAACCGACGGCGAGAACGAUGAUGGAGGCGGCGACAAUCCGGACGUUGACGGCUCUCGCUCCCAUUCCGGCGCGGCUGGCCUGGAAGAUUUGUCAUUUCGGCUUCACGCCGACCUGUAUAGCAUGCAACGGACGCUGGAACAGGGCAGCUCGCACUCCACUGCGCUGCUCAAGGCGAUUCUGUGCAGUGCCUUAUACCCCAACAUUGCUCUGCCGGACGAAAACAACUGGAAUAGGCGCGAUUCAGAGCAAGUCUUCCACACCCAAACGAAAAACUUUGUCCUGUUGCACCCGCAGUCCGUUUUUGCCACGGAUCCUUUGCUUCUUCUGGCUCAAGACCAUGGCAACAUUAACGAGGUCGCGCCAAGAGCUGACAGCAGCAACACCACCACCACCACCCGAUCGACGACAGCGGAGGAGCCUCCUCCGAGCAAGCAGCCUGCGCUGUUGUUUUACGUCAAUUUGCUGGAGACAAACAAGCCUUAUCUGGUCAACGUCACUCGAGUACCGGCCAUUCAGGCCCUUGCGUGCUGCGCCAAUUCCAUCGUGACAAAUGGCGAUGGCACACGAUGGAUUGUCGAUCGAUGGCUGGAUGUGAACUUUGGGACGCCGGCAGCUGCCGCGGCCGUUCUCGCACCGGCAUAUCGCAUUCGAACGAUGCGAAACGUUUUUGUACGAUCCAAGCUUGAAGCGACGGAUGCCCGACGAGGCGAAGGAGCCGACGGGGCGCUUGGCCUCGUGCACCACGCUGACGACGCGUCGCAGCUCAUUGCCGACUGGUCUGUCUAUCAGACGCACCCCGCCAUCUUGGUCUCUACGCUGGCAACGGUGGCUGCAGACGCGCCCAACUGGGCGAUGGAUAGUCCUCAGACGGUGGAGGUGCUUGCAAAGGAAAUUUCAGAUUUCUUUGAGAACGACACGCUUCAGUACACGCUCGCCAAAGCCAGGCAAUCGGAGGUGGGCCGAAUCUUGCCAUUGCGCGAUGAAGAAGCCAAUCAUGCGACGGGAGCGACUGAUACGGCACCCAGUGGUGAUGGCGUCGUUGCCAGUGGGCCGCUGCACUCGCGGCUGCAUCUGUCCGUCUCGUGUGUUCACCUGACCCCUUGGUUUGUUUUCGAUGGAUUGCAUGUCGAGACUCACACUGGGGGCAUCUCGUCGACCAAUCCGACCCAAGCGCGCAUGCAGUUCGAUGACAGUGUUGUCGAGGACGUAAGUCCGGCCUUCUCGCUUGCCUCGUUGAUCAAACGCCAUUGGGAUUGUCCUCGGUGUGGGCACCACAUGAUUGUCAGCGAAACGGAGCAGGCGAGUCAUCUCUCGGGCUGUGGUGCUUCAACUGAGAGCCAGCACUCGGAGCAUAAUGGUCUACCGGCUGCGCCGCCUCCGCCAGCCAAUGCAGCCGCAUACUUUUGUUCGGUUUGUUCGGAAACUCUGAUGCUCACCAGCAUUCAAAUCCUGCAACAUCGAGCAUCUCAUACCAGUGAUUGACGCCUUUUGGUGCUGUGUGUGUCUCCUCGCUCGCAAUACUCCAAUUCAAUGUACAUGUGUCCAACUUGAAAAAAAAAACGACUGAGAAUUCACAAAAGAAUACAAAACGAAAAACCAAC